GCGAUAAUCUCAUUCAUAAGUUAUAUUCAUUAUAUUCAUAAUAUAUUAAGUCAUAUUUCAUUCAUUUAUGAACAUCGUAUGAAAUUCAUUUUGCAAAAAAACAGGAACAUGGCAGGAGCAGCUAGCGCGUCAGUUUACAAUAGCAGCGACGAGGUUUCUGUACGUUCAUCGUCAAAAAAAGGAAUGGUGAAUUUGGGCGGCAAAGACUUGGAAGACUGGGCGGAAAUGAUUGCUGAAAAGGCGGCCGAGAAGGCAGCAACUAAAGUCCUUGAACAAUGUAACGAGACGAUAAAGAAUCUGACACAAAAGCUAUACGAGAAGCAGAAACGUUUGACUGAUUUAAAGAAAGAAAACGUAGAGCUUAAAAAGAAUGAUCAGGAGUAUAAGCAGGAAACAGAAGGACUGCGAAAAGACAUCAAAUCUAUUAAGCGGCAGCUGAGUGACGCGAAAAAGGAAAAAGAAAGGGCGCAACAGCAAGAAGAGGAAGAAAGAAAGAAGCGCUUGGAAGCAGAGGAUAAACUUAACAAACUGAAGGUUAAAUAUCAGGUGUUGCAAUCAACGAAGAACGUCCAGGAGAAGAAGGCUAAAGACUCGGACAAUACUGCUAAUUAAGUGUUGAUUCUACCGAACCAGUAGUUUGCAUAAUAACUUGACUCUACCUUAUGAUCGAUAUGUGUUUGUAUUUAGUUGGUAUUGUUGAAUCCAUCUUGUUGCCGCUUUAUUUUGCAUUUCAAACACAACUAUAUAUAUGUACGUUUUAUGUUUUGAUCAUUCGGCAUUGUCCUCGUACCCCGGACACAUUCCGGUAACCUUAAAUCCGGAACAAGCUCAUUAUUUUCAGAAACUGUUUGGCAAAUAAAAUCUUGUUAAAAA